AUCUAGUCACGUAAAACGGAUGCAUGCUAACUCAUUAGCGUAUCGGUUUGUUGUUAGCUUUAGCGCGAGGUUGCUAAUGUUGCAUUGGCUACAACGCGAGCUAGAUUAGCCUCUAGCAACACUUUGCGGGUUUAAAGAAGGAAAAAGGACACGAUAAAGAAAAAGCCCAUCGGCCCAUCUCCAGCGAUCAACGUGCUAGCUUUUAAUGACAAAAUCAAAUGCCAGGCGCUGUCUUACGCUAACUGCACAGAGGAUCAAACUCAACUGGGAGUCACAUAAUCUCUCUUCAAAAGAUGGGAUAGUGUUUUCAGAUGAGUCCCUGCAGCACGCCAUGGAGAAAAAAGAGAGUGAGACGUACCGAGGAGAGAAGCCUGCCUCUGCCGGAGAUGACACUCUGGAUGAAUAUUUAAUUGACCUCCAGCACAAAAACAGAAUCCUAAAGCGCCUCAGAGUGAAAAAUCCAAGAGAGAUCGAAUUGGAGCAGCUGGAGCAAGGCUUCUCAAUUUAUCUGAACGGCGCUAAUGCUGAGUCCAGUAGGAAGCAGCUCAAGAACCCCAAAAACAAGCCAGAGGCCCCUCAGCCAGCCGGGAGGCCUGCACGCACAGCCGAUUUCUGGAUAAGCGCCCACCAUCUAACUGAAGAUAGCCGUAAUCCGGAUCAGUCGGGCAGGAAGAGGAGCCAGACUGCUCCAGCAAAGGUCCAGAGGAAAGAAUGGGUGCAGGGUUGUGUUAAAAUUCAAACCGAGCAUGGCCCAAGUUUGGAAAUAUCUCCAGCGACGUGCUACUCUGACGAUUUUGAGGCUUAUGAAAGUGUGAACAUGGAGCGCUCUAGUCUGCGCUCGCCAUGUAGUCCUCGGAGUCAAAGAGACGCCUGCAGGGUUUCUCGCUCCUUCAGCUCCAGAGCUGAGUGCCAGGAAGACCAGGGCAACCAGGAGCACAGCGAGAAGGUGCUCCUCAACCUCGAGGAAGUGAAGGUGUUGCGUCGGAGCCUGGAGGUUAGCAUGCGACGGAGCAGCAGCGGCUCAGCAGGGGAGGAGUCCGACGAGGAGUGGGUAGAGGAGCAGAUUGAGAGGGAUGAGAGCACCGAGAGUCUGGAUGAACUUGGGCUGCCUCUUUCCUCCUCCAAGUCCUCCACUCAUUCUCGGACAGGCGGGAGUCACGGCCAUUUUGACUCCGCAAACCUCAUUGUUCUGGACUUUGGCCCCUCACCUAAAGGUCGUAAACUUGAACGUUCUCUGUCUGCCAAGAGGAAUGAAAGUGUUGACCCCUUCAUACCCACUAAGCCUCUGUUGGUCAAGAGCAAAACAUUAGAUAGGCCUCCUUCUAAAGACAGCUGGGAUGAUCAGAGGCCGUGGAGUCGCACGGAAAGGCUCGUUUCGUCAUCCAGAAAGACUUCUGUUGAUGAGCGAGACCCUGAAGAGGUGGCGUUCAGUGUGUGCCAAGCCAUACAGAGAGAGAACACCCCAGUGAAGAGCCCUGAUCUCGUCUGGGGCCAUCAGACCACAAAUGGCCUUAAGCAACACAAAAAGGAUGAGAACAACAUCACUCGGGCCAUGCAGGGAAUAACGCUAAUGGGUCACAGGCAGCAGGAGAAACUCCUGAAAGCCUUGGUGGAACUGGAAGUUGGACCUAGGCACAAAAUCCCUCCCAGCGUCCAAACGGACAACAGCAAGCAGCCAAAAGGGCAGUCGUCAGCAGAGGUCACCCCGGCCUCGUACGUUACCAUGGAGAUUCUGUCCAACUGGGGAAAUGCGCUGCAGGUCGGGCUGACUGAGCUGCAGUUCUUCUGCCACAGAAACAAGAAGCUGUACGUAUCGCCUCAUGACCUGGACAUUAGGAACGUGGACUACCCGGGGAACCUGGGGGCUCUGGUGAACGGAAAUGUGAAGACCACUAAAGAGCGUCACAUGUGGACGUGCCCCUUCCACCCUCCCAUCCAGCUCUACUUCAUCAUCAGGAACACGGAGCACUCUCCAGAUUUUGGAAUAUCGUGUAUUAAAAUCUGGAACUACAACAGAAGCUUAAUGGACCUUGACAUCGGAGCUCGCCAUAUAAAGCUGUACCUUAACAGCACUCUGGUGUUUGAAGGGGAGCUGGAGAAGGGCUGUGGGAACCAGGUUUUUGACUACAGCACCACCGUUGAUCUGAAGGAUUUCCGCUCCUCUGACUCUUUGUUUUCCAGCCCCGUGUCUUCGGGACACAAUCUGCGGGGUGCGAGUCCUCAUCACAAUGAGGACAAGAAGGGUGGAGAGGGCAGUAGCACGCAGAGUUACCAAAGUUCGAUAGGCUCAUCAGACCCAGCAGGUCAGAAUAUGGUAGACAUGCAGGAGAAGUCCCUGACACCACUACCACCCAUCAGUACGGCUCGUCGCCCCUCAUCACAGAGAAGCUCGUUCGACCUUUGUGCUUCAGACGAACCUCAGUCCCCCAGGCAGCAGGCGGAGCAGACCGUCACCACCCAGCCCUCCUCCUGUCGGGUCACCCCCCAGUGGCUUCAGCCCAUGAGCAGAGGAGCUCCAGAGGGCUGUGAGGCCAGCAGGGAAAAGCCCCGCUGGCUGGUACCGCAGCACUCAGAAACCAAACCAUCACCUUCUGCUUCCUCCUCCUCCAUGCUCUCAGAGCUGCCCUGUAACCCAGGACGGGUGUGCAGGGGGGUUGAUAGGACAAUGAAUGGAGGUCAGUGGAAGGAUGAGUCAUUGGACCUGGGCUGCGACCUGCUGGGGGAACUGGGAGAGCCGAAACCAGACAGGCCCAUCAGUGGGCGUAGGAGCUCAUUCAGAAAGCCACCAGCCAGUGCCAGACAGUCGGAGGAGCAGCCGCACAAAGCUGCAGCCGCCACAAGCAUCGUUUCUCAGCGAGAUGGUGUCUAUGUCCAGCAGUCAUCAGGCAAGAGGCAGAGGACACCAUGGACAGGGGAGCCGGUGUCUUUGGUGAACUCCAGCAGGAGGCAGAGCAGUGCUCGGGCCCAGCUCCACAGCCAGCAGGACCACACUCUGAUGGAGUCCUGGGACUCUCUCACCAAGUUCAACCUGUGCCAGCGAGGACGCGUCUCCAAUGUGGGCUUUGAAAGAGACAUCUUUGAUGAGUUCCUUCAGCGACAGGGCCGAGGUCCCCCUACACUCCCAGCUACCCCCUUCACCACACCCAGAAGUCCCCUUUCCUCCCUAAACCCCCAGGGGCUGCUAGCUGACGGCCCUGAGGAGGGUUCGUUCAUGGAGCGGGAGGACGAGUUUGAGAUCCCAGUUUUGCCGCAGGGCCAGAGGCUGGUCAUCAACAUUUUAUCCACAUGGGGGGACAGACAUUAUGUAGGUCUCAAUGGGCUGGAGGUGUUCAGCUCCAGCGGAGAGCCUCUUCAGCCGGCGCAAAUCUACGCUGACCCUCCUGACAUCAACAUUCUCUCAGCUUAUGGUAAGGAUCCGCGCGUGGUCACCAACCUGAUCGACGGGGUCAACCGCACUCAGGACGACAUGCACCUCUGGCUGGCGCCAUUCACCCCCAACUGCAACCACGCCAUCUUCCUGGACUUUGGAGCUCCCCAGCAAAUCGCCAUGAUUCGAGUCUGGAACUACAACAAGUCACGCAUCCACUCAUUCCGCGGCGUGAAAGAGGUGGAGAUGAUGCUGGAUGGAAGAUGCAUCUUCAGGGGAGAAAUUGCUAAAGCCUCUGGAACUCUGACUGGAGGUUUGGAACAGUUUGGGGACACCAUCCUUUUCACCACUGAUGAUGAGAUCCUGGAGGCAAUUUCUUGUUACGAUGAAACGUUCCUCAACGAAGGGGAGAGUCCUGAGAGCUUGGUUUAUGAAGAGGAGCUGCAGCGACCUCGUACUGCUGAUGGGGAGGGAGAGGAGAGACCUUUCACUCAGGCUGGCUUCAGAGAGGAAGACCUCACUUUGAAGCUUCAGCUGAAUCCCACCGUGAGCCAGUCUGAGGAGAACGUGGACCACAUUCCUGGGAUGUACACUGGAAAGUGCCUUAUGCUGGAGCUGGUGACGACGUGGGGAGACCACCACUACAUGGGCCUGACAGGACUGGAGGUGGUGGGGAAGGACGGUGAGAGUUUACCUUUAGAUCUCAGCAUGAUGACCGCCUCACCAAGGGACCUGAACGACCUGCCGGAGUAUGAAGAUGACCUACGCACGCUGGAUAAACUCAUCGAUGGCCACAACAUAACCACCGAUGACCACCACAUGUGGAUGAUCCCUUUCUCCAACGGAGAGGCUCAUGUCUUGAACAUUUCCUUCAGCAAAGCCCAAACCAUCGCUGGGCUCCGAGUCUGGAACUACAACAAGUCACCUGAGGACUCCUACAGAGGGGUGAAAGUCCUCCAUUUGUACAUAGACAACGUCCCCGUCUCCCCAAGGGAGGGAUUCCUAAUCCGGAAAGGCCUGGGAAACUGUCACUUUGACUUUGCCCAGGAGAUCCUUUUCAUCAACUUCCUUCAGACCCCCGAUAAGAGCCAGCAAGACUCCCAGAGAGGAAGCUGUAAGAAGCAAGAGCAGGCCAGCAUGGACUAUGAAGCUCCCAUCAUGCCUUGUGGCUUCAUCUUUCAGCUGCAGCUGUUAACAACCUGGGGAGACCCAUACUACAUUGGGCUGAACGGCCUGGAGUUUUAUGACCAGAACCACGACAAGAUCAGUCUCACCGACAACAACAUUGCUGCUUUCCCAGACAGCGUCAACGUUUUGGACAAUGUGAGUGGUGACGUAAGGACUCCUGAUAAACUAAUAGAUGGGGUCAGUGACACCUACGAUGGCCGACACAUGUGGCUGGCCCCGGUCCUGCCUGGAACGGUGAAUCAUGUGUACGUCAUCUUUGACCAGCCAGUGACCGUCUCCAUGAUCAAACUGUGGAACUACUCCAAGACACCGCAGAGAGGAGUGAAGGAGUUUGGGCUGCUGGUGGAUGACCUCUUGGUGUAUAAUGGCGUCUUGGACAUUGUGAGUCAUGUAGCAAGAGGCAUCCUACCCACCUGUGACCCGGAGGUGCCCUACCACACCAUCCUGUUCACCGAUGACAUCUACAUCACACACCGUGAGAGGAACUCCGUCAUCGGCCCCUGUGACAGCAGACACCACCAACAUAACCAAGUGGAGGAUCAGGAUGUGAUGAUGACCAAUGAGAAUCAGAUUGUUUAUCACAACAAGAAGAAGCAGGCGGCAGAUCCAGCUCUCCGGCCUAAAACCUGCAUGACUGAUGGUGGGAAACACGGGAGGAGGAGAUACUAAAGAGACGUGGUUAAAUUAUUCAGAGUGUAGAACUGAACAAGAGAACCUACAGCUCCUCUCUCGGUAGGCGACUUUCGAAAAACCUUUUUAUUAAAUCUCCAAGCAACCACGAGGGAGGACUGUGCUCGGACUAUUGGUUUACACACACACAGUGAAUUCCACUCUGUUCUGUCCUCCUUUUCUGUGAAAACACCCCCCACAGAUGCAUGACACAUACACGUUAUCCCGCCCACGGUGCCAGGAGAGUUUUGUGAGGCUGCGUUUGAUCAGCCGCGUUAUCGUGCCUCUAGUACUGAACACUAAACCUGUGGCUGCUAUCUGUGACUCGUGCUGCGUAUGCUAAUGCUACUUUUGGCAUGUAAAUACUCCUUAAAAACAAACUUCAACGCCAGAGGAAGAUGCACACAUCAGGAUGUUGUUAAAUGUAACUUAACUACUGACGAGCCAAAUGAUCAUAGCCUGAAAGAUGCAAAAACCUCAUCAGUGCAUCUCCUCUUGAAGCUAUGCAGCUCGUUUUUAUGGCUGUUAGAGAGUUGGCUGCAAUCCUCCACAGCAGGUUUGAAUUUAAAGUGCGUUUGGAAAGAUUUGUACCUUUUUAAGGCGAUCGCAAUGGCUUGUGUAAUAAAAAAAAUGUCAUUUCAGUAUAUUUCAACCUUAAAAGGAUUUAAUUUAUGCAAAGCUUUGUAUAAAACUACCUGUCUUCACUUCAGUCUGCUUGGCUCUGAUUAGGAAAAGGCUGUUAGCAAUCCAAGUGGCCUUGAUCAAAGGUGGAGGUAAAUGUUUUGUUUUAAAUAAAAACGUUUUUUUACAAAGAUUUUUUUUAUGUAGAUAAGCAACCUCUAAUAUGCAAAUCCUAAUAUCUUACCUCAAAUGAAAAUGUAUGUUUAAAAAGAGGACACGUGGUUCCACCUUCACUAUAACUUAGUAAUCUGGUGUGCUUUCGUAAAUAUUUAACACAUUGCAUGGAAGGUUCUUCUCAAGAGUCGAUGUUUUAAUCUGAAAAUGGUCUUUUUAGUUUUUACCAUCUGAUCAUAUCACUUCACACUCCCCCACACCUGGGAGUACCAAUGUAUGAAAUGCAGGUUUAUGUAUUUUAUUUCCCAACAUCCCACAGGAACAACGAUCAUCAGAUCUGCUCCUCAGGGUGGCGGCUGUUGUCCGACGUCGAGCGUUUUCAAAUAUUUAUUUUUCUAAUCUUUAUGUAUAUUUGAUGUAAGUUUAUUUUAAUAAAAUGUAAACAAUUCAA